CACGCCACCGGUUCUCGCUGCAAAGCCCGAGCCAGUAAUAUGUGUGUAUAUCCGUUAAGUAACAUGAGGAAUCUAGUACAAAUGUAGGUUUUUAAACAUACGAGUCGCUGUACGUCGUGUUUCUGCAUUGGAGUGCUCUCCCCUUUUCUGCCUGGCGUUUGUUUCAGCUGAAAGCCUUCCGCGGAGCGGUUGUCACACAGGCCGCGAAUCGGGUCUUGUUGCUGGGAGGAGACCAUUCAGACUCGCCUCCCUGCUAGCACUAUUAGCUGGCUAUGAUGCGUCGCUGCUGCUGGUGUAUUUUCCACUCAGCAGGCCAUUGUAAAGCGAGGCAGGUCCUUGGUUAACGUCAGUUGUUUACCGAGACGGAACUGAAGGGUGAUUUGGAGACACACCACACCUUUCAAGGAUGGAUGUUGAUUUGAGUGCUGGCGGGGACAGUACCAGGAGAAAAGUGGAUUUGACUGGGGUUGCUGAAGGCACAAUGGACGUUGUACCAUUGGAGAUGUAUGACUCGGCCAGAGCAAAGAUAGCUGCCAACCUGCGGUGGCUGUUUGCCAAAGCCUAUGGUAUUGACCAUAUUCCAGAAGACUUAAGGGACCCAUUCUACACAGACCAGUAUGACCAGGAGCACAUCAAGCCGCCUGUCAUCCGCCUGCUGCUGUCCUGCGAGCUCUACUGCCGUGUCUGCGCCCUCAUCCUCAAGACGGAGCAAGCAGCGUCUCUUCAGUCCCACCUGUCCGUCAUCCAGUCUCUGUCCAGGAAGGGGAUAUAUGUUGUGGAAAGUGACGAUACCCCCGUCACAGAUGAAGACCUGGCCUGUAUGCCCAUCAAAAUGAGUGCUCACAUACCCAUGAUCGAUGCCCUGAUGAUGGCUUACACAGUGGAGAUGAUCAGCAUCGAGAAAGUGGUGGCCUCUGUCAAGCGCUUCUCUACCUUCAGUGCCUCCAAGGAGCUUCCCUUUGACUUGGAGGACGCUAUGGUCUUCUGGAUCAACAAGGUGAACAUGAAGAUGAGGGAGAUUACAGAGAGGGAGCACAAAGUCAAGCACCACCCCCUGGAGUCCCCGAGCCACCAAAAGGUACGGUAUCGUCGGGAGCACUCUUCAGGCCGACAGCUGCCCUUCUUCCCACUGCUGGAAGACCUGAUGAGGGAUGUUUGUGACGGAGCUGCACUGCUCACCGUGGUCCACUGCUACUGCCCAGACCUCAUGAAGCUGGAAGAUAUUUGCCUGAAGGAAGUACCAUCCAUUGCUGAUAGCCUGUACAACAUUCAGCUACUCAGAGAGUUUGCCAACGAGUAUCUGAAUAAAAGUUUCUAUCUGACGACGGAGGACAUGCUCUACUCGCCUCUCGUGCUCAAGCACAAUGUGAUGGUGUUUAUUGCUGAACUCUUCUGGUGGUUCGAGACCGUCAAGCCAGAGUUUGUCCAGCCUAGAGAUCUCCAGGAGUUCAAAGACGCUCGAGCCAUAGCUCAGCCCAAGAGUGCCCGCCCGUCAGUGCCUAUCUCUAACGCCACCAAGCGCAGCUUCCUGGCCAGCCCUGGUGUGGCCGAUAACCAGAGCAGCCCAGAAGUCUGUAACAGGUACUUCCUGCACCCUGAAGACACAGAUCCCCUUAAAGGGGGUCCAACCUUCAGUCCUUCGCACCCACUCCUGCCCCUCCGACAGAGGCAACAAAAGCAGCAAGGAGAAGAUGGUGCAAGUCUCAGAAACCGCUCCAACUCCCUGACUCAGAUGGAUGGACAACCCCGAGGCUCUGUUGUUGCAUGGCCCGACAAGAGGCAGAGACCACUGUCCACACUGGGUCCCUACAUGUUUCAUUCAGCCACAGACAGUGAUGCAGAUGUUGCUUCUGGCGACAGUGUGAGUCUGGCUCGUUCCAUAAGCAAGGACAGCCUGGCGUCAAACGUUGUCAACGUGACACCCAAACACCAGACUUCUGUCCUCCAGCCUUCACAGGCUGCGAUGCGCAGAGUCAACGGCCAUGGUCUCCUGGGCAAUGUCAACAUUAAGGAUGAGGAAGAAACUAUGGUGGCAGUUGCCAGGACUGAUGGUCCCGUCAUCCCCAAACGGGUUGACGGGACGCAAGCAGCUGCCACGGUGGGACCCAAACCUUCCACUGAGUCCAAACCUGCACCAGAUAGCUUUUACCUAGAACCACUGAUGCCUGCCGUGCUCAAAACGGCUAAAGAGAAGUCUGUAUGCCUAAACAAGGAGGAGGAGAGCGGUGAGGGGCCGCACUCUUUGGGAAGGGGCUCUCUACGCCAAGGAGAUGGAUCUACAUCGGCCGUUCGUAGAAAAGCUCCCUGCAGCCUGAACCAAACAUUUUCUUCACCGUGUGAGGAGGCACACUUGUCCGAGGAGCCUUCAGAAGGUCAGGCAGGUUUCAGGCCCAUUGUUACCAGCAGUGUGGACCCCUCAUCCAGAGAGCCUGCUGGGGGUUUCUACCUGCAUACAGAUUCUGAGGAACCAAAGUCUGGCCAGGCCCUGGACACUGAGCUGGAAGACAUGGAUGAGGAAGAGAUAGAGGAUCUGGAUGAAGCUGUUACCAUUAAAAACCCCAGCUGGCCCAGGAACACCUUUAACGAUGAAGAAGAAGAAUCAGCCAAACUCCAAGAGGACAUGAAUGUGAAAGAGCACGAGGACAAAGACAUAAACGGUGGCAGUGGCCACUCCAGCCCCUGUCUCAGCGCUCACUCCCAGGCCAGCAGCAUGGCCAGUGGCAGUGUGCGCAUGACCUCCUUUGCUGAGCGCAAAGCCCAGCAACAGCGCUUUGGCAGCAACCACGACCUACGCUCCAGUGCCUCCAGCUCCCAAAGGACCACUCCAGAUGGAUCGGAGAGCAGUGGGCCCCUGCCUUCCUCCUGGAGGCUUAAAAGAGACCAGAGCCCCUCUUCACCAUUGGGAGGAUGCUCUCGUACAGGGGAUGGUAGUGGUGGUGGUGCUAAUGUACUGGCUUCUGAACUUGUCCAGCUCCGUAUGCAGUUGGAGGAGAAGCGACGUGCCAUUGAGCACCAGAAGAAGAAGAUGGAAGUGCUGUCUGCGAGGCAGAGGCAGAAGCUGGGAAAGGCAGCCUUUCUCCACAUCGUAAAGAAAGGUGGAGGCAAGAGUGACACAUUACCAAACCCACUUAAAGCUGACAUCUGUAAAGAUGAGCUCAGUGGGGAGAAAGAACCAUCAAGUAAAGAUGAUAUGUGUGUUGAAGCCUUGAGGGGGGGCAAAGAUGGGCAGGGAACCGCCCCACCAGGUGCCUUAGAAGCAGAGAAGAAAGGGACCAGUGGAAGCUUCUAUCUAGAAGAAGAGUUGGACCUGAAUGAGUGCAGCCGCUCCAUCGAGCUGUUGAACGACGCCAUCGGCAGCAUCCAGCAACAGAUGAUGCAGCUGUCACUGCAGCAGGAGAUGUUGAUGAAACAGAAUGUACAGUCCCCCUCUAGUGCUACACCUCCUCCUCUCACCAGCGACAAAAACGGUGACUCUAAGUCGGGGGCAAGUUUCCACUUUGUGGAGCACCACUCCGGCACUAGCACUGCCCCCACCAGGAAACCCCCCAAGCUGAGCUCCGGUCGGGGCUCCAAGUCAAAACCAUCAGAGCUAAAGAUAGCCAAGGAACAGAGCCGGCAGGCAUCAAGGACCAUCACCCCCACCCAGAGUGGGUCAGAGACAUUGUCACACCCAAGGCAGUUCGCUGGGGGCAGGUCCCCCAGGGCCGACUUCCCCGACAGCCCCAAAAACCCCACAGCAGGAGAGACAAUCGACAGGCCGGGCUCUGGCCACAUUCGGAGCGCCAACUUCCGCCUUCACGACGAGGCAAACAUGCGUCUGCCGACUAGAGUGGACCUGACGGCACUGGGUGCCCCAGAAGUGUCCUUUGACGAGUGCCUGUCCAGCACCAUGAGAGAGUCUGAGCUUAAUUCUUCAGACGGUUCAGGGAAAGAAAAUAUCCCAUCAGAGGAGAUGCAGCGCAACAAAACCCAUCUAAUUGAGGUUGAUCUGUCAGUGCUGAAAGCUCCUGAGGAAGAGGAUACUGCUGUGGACAGAACGACAGAAGGAGAUGAUGGGGAGCAGAAGUCAGUCAUGGGCUUCUUCUUCAAGGAUGAGCAGAAGGCAGAGGACGAGCUUGCUAAGAAGAGAGCAGCGUUCUUGCUGAAGCAGCAGAAGAAAGCUGAGGAGGCUCGACUCCGUAAACAACAACUAGAGGCAGAAUCUGAGCUCAAACGAGACGAAGCCAGGCGGAAGGCUGAGGAGGACCGCUUGCGUAAAGAGGAGGAGAAAACACGGCGGGAGCUGAUAAAGCAGGAAUAUCUGCGCAGGAAGCAGCAGGAGAUGUUAGAGGAGCAAGGCCUAGUCAAGCCCAAAACCCCCAAACCGAAACAGAAACAUAGACCCAAGACUGUCUUCAGAGAGGAAUCCUCCAGUGAUAAUUUCUCCAAGGGCUCUUCCACACCUGACAACCUGAGCAAUGCCCAGUCAGGCUCCAGUCUGUCCCUGGCCUCUGCUGCGACUAAUGAGGCCGACAGCGUCAACUCUGGAGGGGCUGGCUCCCAGCGCUGUGACUCUGUGGAGUCUUUUCCAGGCAGUCGUAACACCAGUCGAACUGCAGAAAGAGACUGGGACAAUGGCUCCACAGCAUCUUCUAUCACUUCUAUGGCUGAAUAUACCGGUCCCAAACUAUUCAAGGAGCCAAGCGCCAAGUCAAAUAAGCCAAUCAUCCACAACGCAAUCUCCCACUGCUGCCUGGCUGGCAAAGUCAACGAGCCUCAGAAGAACCAGAUCCUAGAGGAGUUGGACAAGUGUGAAUCCAACCAUCUGAUGAUCUUGUUUCGUGACGGGGGCUGCCAGUUCCGGGCGCUCUACUCGUACUUCCCCGACACCGAAGAGAUACAAAAGCUGACGGGCACAGGACCCAAGAGCAUCAGCAAGAAGAUGAUUGACAAGCUGUACAAGUACAGCUCAGACCGAAAGCAGUUCACCGUCAUCCCUGCCAAGACUGUGUCAGUCAGUGUGGACGCCCUGACUAUCCACAACCACCUGUGGCAGGCCAAAAGAGGUGCUGUGCCAAAGAAAAGCGGGAAAUAGCAGGCCGGAUUUUAAACCCUCUUUUAUCCAAAUCAUCUUAUCCCCAUCUUGCUUGUUUCCUGAAUAGACUGCAUCGACACAGCCAAGCUCACCGCCAUGCUCCGUGUGGAAACCUGCUCGGGAGAGGCUGCAUUUAGCGAUAUGUGGUCACCUGCAGGUGGACCAAGGCAGAAACAAGGGAAGGGGGGGGGGUGUGUGUGUGUGUGUGUGUGUGUGUGUGUGUGUACGUCACAGGUGGUCUGAGGGACUGGUGCUUGCAACAAAAAGAUGAAUGCCGGCUAAAUUUGUGUCUUCUUCCUAUGAUCUCAGUGCAAUCUGUUCAGGUUUCAUUUGGUUCGGCUCCGUUUUUCUAUGACAACCACGACUCGAGCAUGUGGCAUUUUGUUUCUCUGUCUCUCUCAUAUGUGGUUUAUGUCCAUUUUUUACAUGAAGUAUUUAUUUGUUCAGCACUGUCAUGGUGGAGAGCUCAGCUGCAGCACUAAAAUCCUUCCUUCUCUCCAGAAAUGCCUUUCCUUUGGAUGAAUUCGGACUAAAGGAGAGGACAUUGAGGGAAUUUCUGUCGCUCUUUUCAGAUAAUCCGGUGCAAGGGACCUUUGUACAACUCUUUUAGGGACUGUCGGACUGCUCUGCUGUCCCAACAAAACCAACAAUCUCUUCCUGCGUGGACUGUCAAAUCUGUUGAAUCAGGUUGGCAUUGCCGAGUUUGCCUCACAAGGGAUCUCCAAAAACCUGCUGCUCUGAACUGUCUUCUUUUUGUCACGGGGGAGCUCCUCAAGUCUCCUUCAGACAUCCGUUGGCCUUUUCACGCAUCGUGGUACUAUCGUCUAUUUAUCCAACCGCUUUUUAAACGCUGAUCGUGUAGCACUGGAUAUGUGUAUAUCAAAAAAUAAAUAAAAAGUUGACUGUCAUUUUAAAUACUUUAAUUUGUCGAAACAUCCUCUUUCUUGAGGGUGUCAGAAGAAUGAUGGGUUUUGGUACAGAAAUGAUGCUUUUUUUGUUUUAGCGAUUUUUUUUUUUAAAUUUAUUUUUAAUUACUAAAGCAAUGUGUUUUAGAGUUUGAGCUGAUGUUAUGUGUUUUCAUCAUAACAAGAAUUCUCUGAUGUUUAGAGCUUAGUUGUGUUUUCUCUCUCCACUGGGCACUCUUGAAUUGUCCUGUAUAAAGGUGCACUCAUGGACACUUGUCGACGGCUUCUUUCAUGCAAUGUUACUCCCUCUCCUCCCCACCCUGAGUGUUUUUUUUCGACCUGUCCCGUCUUUAACCACGAGCGGCGUGAACACUCUUGUUGUGUAGAGUGUUUCCGUGCUGCUCUGUAACCGGUUUUGAAUGACAGUAUUUGAUAUAUUCACAAAGGGGUUUCUGUGUGUGUGUGUGUGUGUGUGUGUGUGUGGGUGUGGGUGUGUGGGUGGGGGACUGUGGUUCAGUUAUGUACCAACAUUAAAGAACAUUCCUCCAAGGUGUUGACAAACACUGCCACGUCAUCUCUCUCUUCUCUCUGUUGCUCUCUGUUUUCAAAAAUCAUCAAAAGUGCUUUUUUAGAAACCGUUUGUUGGCCUCGAGAACAACCAGAAGUGUUGCACGAGCACUUUACUUUCUGUUUGUUGGGGAAUUUUACCAUUUUGUUUAUUUUUUCUGACAGGGCAUAACAACUAAGAACAAAUUAGUAACACUGCUGUUGUUCGAGAAAAUUGUGUACACUAAACUAAACACUAAGAUUUAAUACUGACAUGUAAAGAUGAUGGGCCUCCUCUGACAUGAUACUACUGCUGUCUCCAAAAACGACAAAAUACUUGAUUUCUCAUUUGCUGCAUUUUGAUUUGUUUGGGGGGGGGAGGUGGCAAAUCUUUAAUUGUAAGUGAGUGUUUUUAUGUUAACUAAAAGAUUGUAUUGACAUUUGGUCACAAUUUUUGUUACACUAGUGUACUUUUCAUUCUUGUUGAUUUUAUCUUUGAUCCCAUGCCAUCUAUUUAUUUUAGAAAUGGAAGCACUGAAGCGGAAUAAAAUUUUCAAGUGAAUAAAAAUCACAUUUUUCAUUUUUA